AUUUUCAAAUCCCCGGAUGACGGCGGUGGCGGCUGCAGUUCGCUGACAGGCGCUUUCUGCCUGGCAGAGGCUGGCGGGCAUCGUGCCCGUCCCUGCCGGUCUUCUGGGCACCCGGCCACCGCCCCACCCCCUCCUCCGUGCCAUGGAGCCCGAGCUGGCGGCUCAGAAACAGCCCCGGCCGCGGAGGCGAAGCCGCCGGGCCUCUGGGCUCAGCACGGAGGGAGUGGCGGGGCCUUCGGCAGACACCUCUGGGCCGGAGCUGGACGGGAGGUACUCCCUUCGGAGAGGCAGCUCCUUCACAUUCUUAACACCUGGCCCCAACUGGGACUUGACUUUGAAAAGAAAACGCAGAGAGAAAGAUGAUGAUGUUGUAAGCCUUAGCAGCCUUGAUCUGAAGGAGCCAAGCAAUAAAAGAGUUCGACCUCUGGCUCGUGUCACAUCCUUGGCAAAUUUAAUCUCUCCUGUAAGAAAUGGAGCUGUCAGACGUUUCGGUCAAACAAUACAGUCAUUUACCCUUCGUGGUGACCACAGAUCCCCAGCCUCUGCCCAGAAGUUUUCUAGCAGGUCAACCGUCCCAACCCCUGCCAAGAGAAGGAGCAGUGCACUGUGGUCAGAGAUGCUAGACAUCACCAUGAAGGAGUCUCUCACCACCAGAGAAAUCAAACGGCAGGAGGCAAUAUAUGAAAUGUCCCGAGGUGAACAGGAUUUAAUUGAGGAUCUCAAACUUGCAAGAAAGGCCUACCAUGACCCCAUGUUAAAGUUGUCCAUCAUGUCAGAAGAGGAACUCACGCAUAUAUUUGGUGAUCUGGACUCUUACAUACCUCUGCAUGAAGAUUUGUUGACAAGAAUAGGAGAAGCAACCAAGCCCGAUGGAACAGUGGAGCAGAUCGGUCACAUUCUCGUGAACUGGUUGCCGCGCUUGAAUGCCUACAGAGGCUACUGUAGUAACCAGCUGGCAGCCAAAGCUCUUCUUGAUCAAAAGAAACAGGAUCCAAGAGUCCAAGACUUCCUCCAGCGAUGUCUUGAGUCUCCCUUCAGUCGAAAACUAGAUCUUUGGAGUUUCCUAGAUAUCCCUCGAAGUCGCCUAGUCAAAUACCCUUUACUGUUAAAAGAAAUUCUUAAACACACUCCAAAAGAGCACCCUGAUGUUCAGCUUCUGGAGGAUGCUAUAUUGAUAAUACAGGGAGUCCUCUCUGAUAUCAACUUGAAGAAAGGUGAAUCCGAGUGCCAAUAUUACAUCGACAAGCUGGAGUACCUGGAUGAAAAGCAGAGGGACCCCAGAAUCGAAGCGAGCAAAGUGCUGCUGUGCCAUGGGGAGCUGCGGAGCAAGAGUGGACAUAAACUUUACAUUUUCCUGUUUCAAGACAUCUUGGUUCUGACUCGGCCGGUCACACGGAAUGAACGGCACUCUUACCAGGUUUACCGGCAGCCAAUCCCAGUCCAGGAGCUGGUCCUAGAAGACCUGCAGGAUGGAGAUGUGAGAAUGGGAGGCUCUUUUCGAGGGGCUUUCAGCAACUCAGAGAAAGCUAAAAAUAUCUUUAGAAUUCGCUUCCACGACCCAUCUCCAGGCCAGUCUCACACUCUGCAAGCCAAUGACGUAUUCCACAAGCAGCAGUGGUUCAACUGUAUUCGGGCGGCCAUUGCCCCCUUCCAGUCGGCAGGCAGUCCACCUGAGCUGCAGGGCCUGCCAGAGCUGCACGAAGAGUAUGAGGGGAACCACCCCUCUGUGAGGAAACUCCCGGCCCAGAGGAGGGCAUCUGCAGUUUCCAGUGUUACUCAGGUAGAAGUUGACGAAAACGCUUACAAAUGUGGCUCUGGCAUGGAGAUGGCAGAGGACAGCAAGAGCUUAAAGACACACCAGACACAGCCUGGCAUCCGAAGAGCGAGGGACAAAGCCCGGUCUGGUGGCAAACGGAAAGAGACUUUGGUGUAGAGAAGGCUCUGUGUGUUAACUGGUGGAGAGACUGUUUGUUUAUAAAUGUACAGUUUUGUUUUCUUGUAAGGGGAGCAUUGUAGGAUUACCUUAUACCAGUUGUAACAUUUUCAUUGUGUUUGGUUGUUCCUUUUUCUUUUUUUAAUGGCAGCUAAAGAUAUACAGAUUACUGUUAAAUUGCCUUUUUUAAAAAAAAGAUAUUUUCUUGAAUUAUUUAGAACAUGUAAGCCUGGUAUUUUUAAUCAAACAAAAUAUUUAUGAAAUGGGUUUUCUCUUAAUUCUGGAUUCAUCAUGGCUUUCUGAUACCAAUUGUAAUAUUUACAAUAUUCACCAAAACUUAGAAUUUUGCAAAUACUGGAAUUCUGCCAGUGUUUCUUUGAUAAGCCUUGCAUGCAAAAUUUGAAAUUUUAACAUUGGCACCCAAAACCUACAUGGAAUGUAUGUCUGGAGUAUUUCAAACUUUACGUUGAAACAUAAUUUCCUUGGAAAACAAACCAUAAGCCUGAGGAGGUUUUUAAUUUUAUCAACUGGAAUGCUUUAUAUUAGUUUGUUUUUCACUGUACAUUCCUCACUUUACAUUCAUUUAACCUGCCGAUUAUUUAAUUUUUUUUAUUGUAAAGUAGUUUUUAGCAUUUGCUUUUAUUUUUUUACUUUGAUGCCUUUUCAAAUUGGCAUGUCUUUAAAGUAUUUUUCUUCCUGAUUAAAAAUGUGUGUGUAUGUGUGUGUGUGUGUGUAUAUGUAUAUAUUUUUUUAAUCACAUUAACUUUACCAAGUGAAACCAAGCCAUACUGUUUUUGAGCCAAUUAAGAAAAUUGCCAUUUUUAAAGUGGAGCAUUUCAGGGUAAAGAUCCAUGAAAUGACUUGAUGUAUUCUAGACUACUGAAAGAAAACCACUUCAAAGAUUUUGUUGAAAGUUUUAGUGUUGUCUGAAAAGCAAGAGGGAAGGUGAUUGGUAGUGAGCUCAAAGAAAAAGAGAGAAAAAGAGAGUAGUUUUGUCUUCAGGUAAAAUGUCUGGUUGUGCCAGACAUUUCACAAGUGUGAAAGGAGAUAGGAGAGGCUCAACUUGAGGGCGUGUAGUAAGUUGUAGAAGGCUCGAGGGGACGUGGACUUAUUUGCCUUGGUUUGCAAUACCUGCAGAUAAUGAGUUUGAAAAGAAACAAUGAAAUGUGUUAAAAAUUUGACCAUAUUAGAUAAAUUUUGGUGGAUUUAUUCAUAAGAUGGAAAAAGACUGGUGAAUCUUUUAUUACAAAAUGUUUCUGUUAAAAUGGGAUCUCAUCUUUGAAAGGGGGGAGGAAGAGUAAAAACCCGAUUAUAAUGGUGAUCAAUUCAAGUCAGUGUUGACUAUUCUGUGAAAUAUAUUUGGCCAGUGGAAAUGAUAAUCAGAAAAGACUGUAAAUAGAUCCAUCCAAAUGAUUUCUCUGUACAAAUGAAUGAUACUAUUAAAAAAAAAAAAAAAAAGCACACACAUAA